CAUUCUCCUUCCAUCACCCAAAUUCUCUUCCUUCUCCUUCCACAAAUGGAUUAUUCCCCUUUUUACCCCUCUCUUUUUCCUUCUAUCCCUUCUUCUCCUCCUCCUCCUCCCCCAUGUCCUCUUUCUUUUCCUCUCCUCCACCGCCUCCACUGCCACCGCCACCACCAUCCGCCGCCGCCGCAGCCUACGUCACCAACCUCGGAUUCGGUUACUCCAUAGCCAUAGCACUCGGCUUCCUCUUCCUCCUCUCCACAAUCAUCCUCUCUUCCUACCUCUGCUGCCGCGCUCUCCGCCACAACAACGACAACAAUAACCGCCGCAGGAACCAAAACGACGGUGUCAUUUUGCCACGUGUCAUUUUCGUAGCUGAGAACGACGUUGAAAAUAAUCAGCCUGGUGGAGGAAACGACAGCGCCGUUUUGGGUCUGGACCAGAUCGUAAUUAACUCGUACCCUAAGUUUCAGUUUAACGGCAACAACGACGUCGAUGUUGACAGCGUGUGUUCGAUUUGUUUGUGUGAGUACAAGGAUUCGGAGAUGCUGAGGAUGAUGCCGGAGUGUCACCACUGCUUCCACGUGUCAUGUCUUGAUUCGUGGCUCAAGCUUAAUGGCUCUUGCCCUGUUUGCCGGAACUCUCCGAUGCCGACGCCGCUACCCACGCCACUGCAGGAGGUGGUGCCGCUCUCUCUCUAUGCCGCUGAUAGGAGGGGAAGGAGUUGAGUUGAGUUGACUUUUUUUUAUUUAACAAAAAAAAAAAACUUUACUUGGAACUAUGUUUAGUAAGUAUUUUAGUAUAAAAAUUAGAAUUUAAUUUUAAUGCACUGAAUAUUUUUAUGCGUGUAAUCAAUAAAAAUAAUUAUUUUUUAUAUUGAUCAUGUGAAUAGUUAUUCAAAAGAACGGGAUAUGAUGGCACGGUCAGUGCAUUAAAAUUAAAUUCUAAAAAUUAUAUAUAGAGACAUGUUUUUAGUUUUUUGUUGAUGGAUGAUUACUUAUUAGAUUGUUAGAAUAAUUUUCAUCUAAAAAUAGUUUGUUAUGUCAAGUAGUUUAAUUUAUAUGAAUAUUGAAUAGGCACCUCUUAAUUUAUAAAAUCUCAAAAUUGUAGCUAGUUUUAUAAUUGUCUCUAAUUGCAAAAGUCUUUGUGUUUGUGUUCUGUUAUAUACAACUAUAUAUUAAACACAUUGUUCUAAGAUUUCUCUUCUUGUGAUGAAGGUCUAUAAGUAUUUUUAGUUGCUAUGAUAGUCAUGUAGAGUGUAUUCAUUUUAUACAAUGCCAAGUAAUUCAUGUAUGUACUUCAUCGAUUGGAUCAAUGUGUUAACAUUCUACUUGGUGGCAUAUAUGAUCUAGUAUAUGAUGGCCAUUAUUAUAAAAUCGAGUAUAAUGAAAAAAAAAAUUGUCAAGAAAAAAUUGAAAGAGUUUUUGUUAUGAAACAUUAUUCAAUUUUUUAUACUAUAAUCUCAUGACCUCAAAUUUGCAAUUUUUAAGUGAAUACGAAGAGAUUAUAUUAUUUAAGUUAUAACUCGUUGAUUUAUAGUGUAAGAGUUUUACUACUAGAUAGCUAGGCUUGAUGAUGAUUCAAUGCAAGAAAGGGAGUUGACUCCCUUUUGACCUUUUAGGCAUUUUCUUCAAUCUUCAUAAUACUUUUUUGGGGUUUCUUGUGACAUGGGUUUGUAACUUGCAUUGGAAGUAGCUUUAUUAGUUAUUGCUAAUCAAGAAUUAUGUUUAUUAUGCGGUGCACUCAUGAAGAAUUGCUUAGGCAUUCAUCAAUAAAUUGGAUUUUAAUGGAAGAGGGGAUAAAUAAAAUUGGCAAAAUCUUUUUAUGUAAUAUAAGUACAAUGAAUUUGAACUUCUUGUAAUAUACGAUCAUUCUUUGUUUUGUUUGAUUUGAC